AUGAAGUUCUCUAUAAUCGCUACCCUUCUGUCCACCAGCGCAGGUGCCCUCGCCGACGGCCCCAGCGCUACAGCCAAGAAGGCCACUGCCAUUGAGUCCGUCAAGGGCGACAAUGGCAUCACCACUCCCCUCCCCAUCCAGCCCGGCAUGGUUGACAACUGCGACGUCUUCUACUACGUCAAGCCGGGCGAUAACUGCCUCAAGAUUUCUGCCCAAUUCGGUAUCUCCUUUGACCAGUUCAAGGAAUGGAACCCUACCGUUGGCGAGGACUGUCUCAGCCUCUGGGCCGACGCCAACGUCUGCGUUCGCACCAUUGGCUUUGAGUACCCCGAAAUUGCUGCUUGUUACGGCAGUUCGAGUAUUAUUCCUUGGGGUAAUAACAAAGUUGCUGCUGCAAAGGCUGCUAAGGAAUGGUGCAGCAACGGCGCUCAAGGUGUUUACAACGUUGGUGAGAAGAGGACCAAGUGUGUUGACGCCCCCUCUGGUGAUGGCAAGUUCGUCUUUGAGAUCUACAACGAGUGGGGAAUUCGGCAAGGAAAUCCUACCUGGGAUUGUGAGAAAAGGAUCCUUCUUCCCAUUUCCAAAUGCCCCGCUGGAGGUCAGGGACGUAUUCAGAGCUGGCACACAGAGACCUCUCUUCAGAAGGGCAAGUGUUAA